CUUCAUUCUUCUUUCAUCUUUUUUUUAUCAUUUGUAAACACUCCAGGCCAUCAUGUCGGGAGCCCCAGGUGACGUGGAAAUAGAUAUAUCAGGGGAUAUUGACGUUACUAGCAAAUUAAAAGAAUCUCCUAAGUCAGGUGAGACCACAGCUGUUUCAGAGGAGGUGAUAUCCAACCCAUUUAGCAUGGAAAAUUCCUCCUUCCAAGAGCCGGGGGGUGUUAAGAAACUCCUGAUGCAGCUUCCCGUACAACUGCAGCUGGCGUCCCCGGCAGCCAGGGAAUGGAUUACCCGUAGCCGUGAGAACGUUCGACCCUGGCUGCUCUUUGUCAACACUCAAAAGUUCAAAGUUCCACCAAAUGUACAAAGAUGGAGUAAGCGCCUGGCCAAGAAUGUUGACUACUUCCAGUCCAAUUACAUGUUUGUCUUCAUUGGCCUUAUCAUAUACUGCUUGAUAACCUCCCCGCUGUUGCUCAUAGCUGUGGCUGCAUCUCUGGGUGCUUGCUACAUCAUCUCCCUGAAGAAUGCUGAGAAGAAAAUCAACAUUGGAGGCCACGAGGUGUCCCUUGCCCAUCAGUACGCUGCCAUCGGUAUCUUUUCCCUGCCUGUUUUUUACUUGGCGGGGGCGGGAGCUGUCCUGUUUUGGGUCUUAGGUGCAAGUUUCUUCAUCAUCAUCAUCCAUGCCUCCUUGUACAACAUAGAGACUGUUCUUGGCUCAGAGGAGGAACCUUUCGAUCUACAAAUGGAACAGGUGUAAAAUAUGCUGAACUUUUUAUAAGGAAAAAUUGGAUAUAAAGUAAUUUAAACCAAGAAUACCGGUGCUCAGUUGUUUUAACCCCUUCACUGUUGAAUACAGUGAUCCUACUUAUACCUGGAUUUGUUGAAAGAAGUUAUCUCUUUGUCUAAUAUCACAGGAAAUGAUGCAAAAAUAUAAAAUAACAGACUUAUGAGAUAAAAUAUCCCAUGCCCAAGUAACGUAACCUCAGGCAGCUGGGUACUGACGCCAUCCUUUUGUAAACUAAAUAUUGUAAGUACCGCCUAGCAUUUUCAGUUGUUUCUCUGUAUCUUGUGGUUAUUGUUACCCAAUUUUGAUAUUUAAAUACACAGAUAACACACUGUACCAAUGAUGUAUUUUCACAGAACUAUGUAAACAAAAAUAGGAGUGGAGUGCAAAGUGAUAUGCUGUCAGUCAGUGAGUUGGAGUGAGUAGUUACACUUGAUCUUAGGUUUGUUUCUAAUUAUCAUAUUAUAAUACACAGGCUUAUCCUCUCACUUUUCUCUCUAUGCAGUUUGUUCACAUCUUGUUCUAGCACAUGCACUUAACACCACACUUUCAACUACUGUAUACUGUAUAGAAAUGCAAUUGGGCAAAUUUUUCUUCUCCAUAUCUGAGACAAAACACCCUGCUUCCUGCCCACCAUUGGUCUUCCAGGCUUAGUCCUUGAUUACCAGUGAGUCAUUUUCAUGUUAAUGUUGUUUCUAAGCCCUAACAGUUAGUGGGAGAAUUUGAAUAUAAGAAUGACACUCUGACACUCUGCUCAACAGCCCGAACACAUGGAAAUGAUGGUGAAGGGGUUAAAGAAAUUGCUGAUAGGAUUGUAUAAGUACUGUAAAACUUCAGGGAUGCAAACUUCUCUUCUACAAAUUAUGUAAUUCAGAUAAGUUAAUUUGGGCACAUGAGUUUGUUUGCUAAUCUUUGAAAUGUUAUAUGAUUGUUUAGAUGAUAUAUUUAAGUGUAAACUAAAGCUUUUGUGUUAGAAAUCAUUAGGUUUUCCAGCCAACGGUCAAAUUUCUAUACAAAGCAUACAUUAUGAAAUUACAGUAAAAAUAUAAUAUUUCUUCAUUAGAAAUUCCUUACUCCUGUUCUUGUGACAACCAAUUUAUUUAUUUAUAUUUUUAUAGAAAAUUUUCUCUAGGACAAUGCUUUGAAUUAUAAAAGAAGCUUUAAGAACAGAUUUUAUUUACACUAUGCUAGGGCUGGUCAAAUUCUUACUGACAGAAUCAAUAAAACUGUUAUGAAAAAUAUAUAUACAAAAUGAAGCUCUUGUUAAGAUCUAUUAAUCCUGCAUUUGGUUAACUUGUGAUUUAUGAACAUGCAUACAUUAAUCCUGGCUGGGUAUGGUGUAGUGAGCAGUCAUGCUCUCCAAGUUAAAUACACCAUAUUCCUUUUGCAAAUCAGAGAAUAUAUACAUCAUAAUGUGUGUGAAUGCCAUUAGGUUCUUGGGUUUAGGACAAAGUCACAGUGUUUGAAACAUCAUUAGUUUAGAUGUCUUGUGGUGCUGCAGUUUUAAUUUAUCAUUCUCACCACAAAGCAGGUCACUAGCCACUUGGGCGGUCAAUCUGUUCCCUUGUUAGUAAUUACCACAUGCAGUUGGGCCACUAGAAAUAUAAAAAAAAACCUUGAAAAGAAUGUUUGAAUAAUAAAAUCGGUUGUGCAAGGAGGUAAGAGAUGAGGGAAGACUAGAAAGUAAAGUAAAGUAAGAAGAGGAAUAUGAAGGAUGAUACAAAAUGUUUAAUCUGUGUGGAGUUUAUAUAGGCAUUGUGAUCUUGAAGGGAUAAAGAGCACACACACAGAGUUGUUUGCCUUGAUAUCUUAAACUUCUCCCUCUUUGGUGCUGUCGUAGGUUUAUUUUACCCAAUGUUUAAAAUUUUCACCAUGAUGUUUUCAGAGUGUAGGUGAAUGCAAUAAGAAUUUUGCCAUUUAAAUGCUUAAUUAAAAUAUUUGGGGUAAUUCAAACAACUAAAUUUGUUUUAUGGCCAUUUUAUUGUAUUCAUGUGUAGGAGGUAGACAUUACCGUGAGAAACUUUUCAUAAUUAUUGUACAGUACUUUGUUUCAAUGGUAAAGGAUUGUCAACCCCUUUUUCUGUAAUAUUUAGGUAUUGAAAUGUUAUUUUUUAUGUCCAUAACUUAAUGAAAAGUGAGCUGUAACUUUUUUAUGGAGUAUAAAUAAAAACUUUUUUCGUUUUAUACUAUUGGCUUCUAUAACAAGUUUAUUUAGACUGUAAUACUGUAUUAAGAUGUAGAUUACUGUACUUCCACAAUGAAUAAGGUAUCGAGAAGAGAGAAAGAAAGUUACGACAAAUAGUGAUUGAUAUUACUGGUUUGAGAUUCGGAUGAUUGUAGAGGAGCAUCAGAAGUAGCAUAAGGAUAGAAUGGUAUGGAGGAGAUUACAUUGGGCUACCAUUUUGUAGAGUCUUAAAUUGGUCAUUGCUGUAUUGUGUUGAGAAUGGGGAAGUCUCUGUCAGGAACAUAAGGAUAGAAUGACAGAGAAGGGUACAUAUUAUGAAUGAUGUAUUGUGUUAGUUGUCUGUACUGAGAGGGGUCAAAAUUGCAAGGAUACAGUGAUAUAAAACAUUGUAUAUUACUGUCAUAUUGUUUAGUGUUCAUUGGCCACACCAUAUGCUGUUCAGAGUAACAUUGAGUAUAGAGGAAUAUCAGAAGUAGCGAAUAGAUGUAAUUGCCAUUGAAAAGAUUGCCUAGAACAGUCCAGAUAGCUUGGCACAUAGCAAUGAACCGAAACGCUGCUACAUACUGUGCUGCGCACACACACACACACAUCUUCCUCGACCUAAUGUUGAUAAUACUCACUUAAUUACUCCAUACCUACCUCCAUGUGCUGGAUAACAUAUAUUUGAUCUUUUAUUGUGUGAAACAUGGAGAAAACUGACAAAUCUAUUAUGUAAGAGAUUUAAGUAUUCUUGAGAGCAAUAUGAUUUAAUUACCCAAAGUAGUACAAGUGUGGUUCCAUGCCUUAAUAUAUAUAUUUAUAAUGAAAUACAAAUUGCAUGCUUUAUUCACCAUUUCAGGGUUAGUCUUAACAUAUAUCUUUGUGCAUGGAGAUGGGUACUGUACUGUAUUUUAAGCUUUGCUAUGACUAUGUAACAGCUCUUGAGUACAGUUGGGUGAAUAACACUAGCAGGCACUUGUUUCAACCCAAGCUUUUGCUAUAUAAUAAUUCAAUAAAGCUCAAUAUUCAUAUCUUCCCAUUAGUCUUUGCUUGAACAGUUGAAUUUCUGUAACUCUGGAAUGGGAAAAGCUGAACACUACCGUUGAUGAUCUUACCAGUACACUCUUGUUCCGCGUGUGAGCAAUAAGGGGACAUAUAUUUUACCUUAUUCGUAGUAUAUCUGGCAAUGGAAACGUCGAUGUAUGUAAAUUUUAAAACCUGUAUUGGUAAUGGGCGAAAGAAGACUUGACAAAAUGAGGACGUUUAUGUGAUACUUAGAUAUUUGAUACUUAAAUUUUGUUUAUGGGUUCACGUCAGUACUUGAGUUUUUUAUCAACAUUGCGGAAUUGGAGGAGUAGUAGAAUUAUUUUUGAUAUCUUGAAAAUGAAUGAAUGAAUAAUGAAAUAAAACCUUGAUCAACAUUUAUGUUACAGUAUUUUGAUUUUUAAUGAAUGUUAUAAAGUUCAAUAACAUGUUAUGAGAACAAGAAUACAAGGUGUUAAUGGAUGCUUAUUUCUAAUCAUUAGUAAGCUUAUUUUUAUGCAUCUUUAUGUUGUGGGACUUUACUUGAAGCUGUUAAUAACAUCAUCAAACACUGUAAUUUCUGUCACUUGGACUAGAUUUUCCUUGCUAGUUCUGGUCGUAGUAUAAGUAUCUGGUAUGUUUAGUUUAUAUCUUUAUAUUAUGUUUUAACCCUUGAAUGGUAGCCAUCAUCAUCAGUGAACGUUCCUUGUGGGGGGUAGAGCAAAGACUCAGCCAUUUAAGGGUUAAUGCCAUUCUUGAAUUAUAUCUCUGUCAACUUGAACAGAUAUGUUUGACUGUAUUUUAUUUUUUGUUGGUUUGAUUUUGUAGCCUAGUGAAUCGUACUGUAAAACUUCAAACUGUAUUUUUUCACGAAAGAUAAAUGCAGUUAUUUUACCACACAAAAGCAUUAUGUAGAUGAAUGCAAUUUUUCACAGAGAUAUUGUUAGUAAAUUAUUUCUAUUUAUUAUUAUAACAAUGGUUUAUAAAUAAUGCAAUAUAUAUAUGAAAUUCAA